AUGGCGAUGGUCAUGAGACUGAAGGCAGCGAAAGCGCCCACCGUUAAUCUCUUGUCCACAUCGAAGACAUCCACUUCCAAUCUAAAGAAGCACUUAGACAGAACACAUUUGGGCUGCGAUGCCAGACCUGAUGCCAAGAGGGCAAGGAGAGACGAAAGCUCCCACUGCCAACUUAAAAAGAUAAAAGCAGAAAUACUCUCCAAAUGUUUGACUCAAACACGGAUUGACGAUCUUAUCUUUGACUUUGUUGUAGAGGACUGUCAGUCGUUUUAUCUUCUGGAACAGACUGGCUUCAAAAAACUAAUUGCUGGCUUAAGUGAGGGGCUUAAGGUUACAGACAGAGUUACCUUAUUCACAAAGGUUGACCUGGCUUUCUCCAAAAUGCGUGAGGAGCUGAUGACAAAACUCACCACUAUCCAAUAUGUUUGCACUACUGCGGAUAUCUGGACAGCCAAUGGAGAGAGCUUUCUAGGAAUGACAUGCCACUGGAUUGACCCCGACUCCCUGGAGAGGAAGUCUGCAGCUGUGGGAUUUGCCAGGCUUCAAGGCACAAUAACUUAUGAGACUACAACUGGACGCCUGCAUGAUAUCCACCUGGCUUACAAUAUUGAAAGCAAAGUACAAACAACAUUUACUGACAACGGUAGCCCUUUCAUCAGUGUUUUCAAGGAGUUUGGUCUGAAUAACCAAGAGAAGGAUGACAUAGGUCACUUUGAGAAUGUAAGUGCUGUGCUGGAUGGAGAGCCAGAGCAGGACAUGCUGCUGUUCCUGCCUCCCGUCCAGCGCUGUGCCUCACACACGCUGGAGCACAUUGUCACAGAAGACUUUUGGAGAGCUAUAUCACAGGGACCCAUGUGUCAGCUGCAUUAUAGCGCCAUGUCCAAGAUUUACAGCAUAUGGAACAAAUGUCAUCACAUACAAGUUGGCAUGGGCUGUGCAGAGGAGAUUGGCAAGAUGGCUCUUGUUGUUCCCAAUGUCAUUCGCUGGAAUGUGGAGUAUUGUGCUGUUCAGAAGAUCGUCUCACUCAGUGAGCGUGAGCUGACAGAGCUCUGUGCUCGUCUUGAACUCCAGCGAUUGCAGCCAGAGGAAAUGGCCUUCCUCAAAGAAUAUGUGACUGUAUUCCACCCACUUGCUUUUGCACUUGAACUUUUUCAAGCAGAACAAAAAUGUUAUUUUGGUCUGGUGAUUCCAACUGUUCUCAGCCUGAAGACCAAGCUGAAUGAGCAUAAAGAUGCAGCAAAUUACCUCGGGGAUGUUAUAAAUGCUAUUGUUGUGGCCAUUGAUCUGCGCUUUCAAGAGCUGUUUUCCAGCACAGAGGCAAAGAUCGCAACUGCAACUACCCCACAGUUUCGACUCUGGUGGAUGGCAGCCUCUGAGAGAGAGGAGAUGUGUGCUUUACUUGCUUCAAUGGCCUCCCAGGUGGAUCUAAGUGUGGUUGGAGAUGGAGCAAGCACUGAAACUCUACCGACCAUUCAGUCUGAGGAUGACUUCUUUAACUAUGGGCCCGUGAAGCCGCCAGUUCAAGUGCAGUCACGAACUGUGACUGAAGAGAUUAAGAAAUAUGUUGAAGGAACAGGAAAGACCCUGGAGUGUCUACAAGACUUUCCCAGAGUCAAGCAGCUAUUUCUCAAGUACAACACAAUGCUGCCCUCCACAGCCCCAGUGCAGCGCCUCUUCAGUCAGAAAGGCAAUCUGGUCAACUGUCAGAGAAACAUUCUUACUGAUGGGUAUUUUGAGCGUAUUCAGCUCUUGAAAUACAACAGUCAUCUGUACACAGCUGCUAAGUAA